AUGGUCGUUGAUACCAGCUACUACGACGCCCUCGGCGUGCCGCCCACUGCUACAGAGCUCGAAAUCAAGAAGGCAUACCGAAAGCUUGCCGUCGUCACUCAUCCUGACAAGAACCCCGGCGAUGAGACCGCGCACGAGCGAUUCCAAGCGAUCGGAGAAGCUUAUCAAGUCCUCAGUGAUGCCGAACUACGCAAGCGUUAUGAUACCCACGGCAAGGAAGGGGCUGUCCCGGACCAGGGCUUCGAGGACCCGAACGAGUUUUUCGGUAUGAUCUUUGGUGGAGACGCAUUCUUCGACCUUAUCGGCGAGAUAUCCCUGCUGCAGGACCUUACGACUCGGAUGGAAAUCACAACGGAGGAGGCUGAAGAAGACCUAGCUGCACAGACAGAAGAGAAGCUGAAUAUUAAUGAACAAGAGGGCAAGCCUGCCGGCGAAGGUGCCGCCGCAGGUACCGCUGCGGGUGCGGGCUCAAGCGCCGGCGCUGCCUCGCCGUCUCCCGCCCCGUCCGGCACAAGCACUCCUCGCCCUCGUCUGGGCCAGCACGCUAUCACGGAUAAGUCAGAUGAAGAUAUCCGCAUGCAGGCAGCCGGUGUAUCAGAGGAGGAGCGCGAACUACGGAAGAAGGAAAAGAAGAAGGGCGGUCUUACCCGCGAGCAGGCUGAGAAGCUUCAAGCUUUCGAGCUUGAGCGACAGAAGGCGCGCGAGGAGCGAGUGGAAAUGUUGGCGACUAAACUCAUCGAUAAGAUUAGCGUAUGGACAGAGACCGACAAGGGAACCGACGUGACACGUGCUUUUGAGGAGAAGAUCAAACUUGAGGUGGAGAACCUGAAGAUCCAGUCCUUCGGUAUUGAGAUCCUCCACGCCAUUGGCGCUACAUAUGUUUCAAAAGCCACCUCCUUCCUGAAGUCGCAAAAGUUCCUCGGUAUUUCCGGAUUCUUCUCCCGGCUCAAGGACAAGGGUACUCUCGCAAAGGAAGCCUGGACCACCAUUUCGACUGUUAUUGACGCGCAGUUGACAAUGGAGGAAAUGGCUAAACUCGAGGAGAAGGGCGGCGAGAACUGGACCGAUGAGAUGCGAGCAGAGUACUCCGUAAAGGUAACUGGAAAGCUUCUCGCGGCCGCCUGGCGUGGCAGCAAGCUUGAGAUCCAGAGCGUCCUCCGCGACGUUUGCGAUAAGGUGUUGGGCGACAAGAAGAUCAAGUUGGAGAAGCGCAUCGAGCGGGCUCAUGCCAUGAUCAUUGCCGGCAACAUCUACUCAAAGGCCGAGCGUGACCCAGACGACGAAGGUGAUUACAUGGCAUUCGAGCAGCUUAUGACGGAUGCCACCGCAAAGAAGGCCAAGGACGAGAAAAAGAAGAAGAAGAAGCACGGUCACUCAGACCCGGAACCAGCCUCCAGCCCCAAGGUUGAGGCGUAA